GUUGUUUACCACGCGGGAAAAGAGCGUGAUCCAUGUGCUAGUCAGUUGAGCAGUGCCUAUCAUAAUUAAUUUUAAGGUGUCAACGCUGAAGAUAAUGCAAGCAUAAAUUUCCAACCGCCACGAUUGAGCCGGCGCAGGAAACCCACCACCAUUACGGCGUCAACAUUCACCUCCCCAAGCCUCCGGUACCCGUACGAACAAGUUCUGCUCGCUCAUUCAUCGUGUCGCAGCACCAGACGGAUCUUACGAGUUUGCCGCCACCCUCACCACCGCCCCCCAAAACGAUCGAAGAUGUGAUAGUGCCACAAACGGCGAGCUUCAGCCAGCAGAUUGCAAACUAUUUUCUCCGCAUCCGUCGCCGAACAACGCAAGUUGUUCACCAUCAGGACCGGAACCCGCUCUUCGUAUCGACUCAACAUUCCCCGUCAGACGGAUCCAAUACUUCCUCCUCAUCCACGGCAAUGGCCGCAACGGAUGGCCAAAUCAUUCUGGCGGCAUCUCGUUUUGGCGAUUCGCAACCGGUCUAUCUGAAAGAUUUCGCGAAAACCGAUUUGCCGGCGGUCGGUAAGAUCGUAAAAGGCCAGUAUUACAACUUGGGCGUGCCAACCCUAUCGAAUCCCUCACUUCAAAGCACGGCACUAUUUCUCAAUGCUGGUAAGAAAUAUCAGAUUCUAGCACAACCGGUCAAAAUCAAGGAAGGUCGAAAAAGUACAAACGUCGGACCCAAAGUGCUGAUCCCCGAAACCUAUCCUGGAUUCUUCGAACUUCUCAGCGAGGAUGGCCGGUCGACACGUUGCAUCGAGAGUGUCCUGGAACUGUCGAAACGACGAAAUUUCCGUGUACUGGUGCGCGAAACCGUCCGCUGCAACCACAACAGUAAGUCGCUACACGCGGGCGAAAUUCUCACUACGAUCUCAGACAACGGCAAGUAUCUGCAGUGCAAGACGUCCAAGGACGAAAUCGUUAGUUUGCCAUUAGAAGCCAAAGCCAAAUUUUCACCUAUUGCUAAAGAGGAUAGUAUUAGCGGUGUACAUUCAGUCAGCAAUCUGUUACAGAAACGAAUGCCAGUAACUGUUAGGUUAGUCCACGGUACGGCUCCCAAAGGGAUGAAGCAACCGUUUAUACCGGAACUACGUCUGCUGGGCUGUGUCGAAGUAGAUCGGAUAUUCGCUUUACCGUUGCAGAAAGACAUGGACCUGAUAUCGGUACCGUUGAAUGCCAAGAUAAAAAUUCAGAGAGCAAAAAAUAUGGAUCAGUUGGAUCAUUUUAUUGAGUUUUCUCGCUUCCUGGACAAAGCGCAACGUCUUUUGGUGGAUGCCCGUGAUCGGUUGCAGAUUAUCGACCUGAAGCUAGGUGACAAGGAUAAGAAGGAAACAGCAAAGCAAUCCGCCAAUCGAAAAGUGACAUCCAGUCUCUCGGGCUUAACCGCAAAUGGAUAUGUACUGAAGAAAAGCAACAGCUGUGAUUCUAAUCGGUUUUCUCCGUCGCUAGGAGGAAGUGGUAGUCAGAAUGGUUCGAUUGCCGACGAGUACGACGAAAUCGAUCAGAUCUACGACUACGUUCGUGGUCUAGCGCCAUUGCCGAAAAACCUCAACAAGUUCGAGGCGAUUGUGGAACCGGUUUCUUCGCCGGCUUUUACGCCAGUUCCCACUCACCAGCAUAACCUCAAAACAGUCGAAAAUAUUAAAUUCUCCGCCAAUAACAUUAACAAUAACUACAGUCACUACGACACCGGCAACUAUUCCAACAUCAUAAAGCACACCAACAGCAGCAGUAUCAUGAACGGUAACAGUCUGGAAUCGACAAAACACAGCUCUGCGACGGCAGCCGCCGCUAAUGCCGCCAACAACAACCAUAUCAUUGUUCACAAAGAGGAACACAAACCGAUUCCUCCGCCGAUCGAGACCAUUCCCGGGAAAAAGUUGCCGGAAAAACGGCAACGACCGACACUGCCGAAGUUGUACUUCAAAAACAACCUCGCGGUGCACCAAAAAAGUCCCACGUCCGGCGCAGUCAGUCCCCUGGUAGGCCAAGCGACAGGCCAUCCGUCGCUAACUGUCACAGGGACCCCGAAGGAAAUUAUGCUCGAGCCGCAGAGUCCGCUUUUUCAUAUUAGGUACAAAAGCCUAAGCUCGCUGCAACUGGCCCAGGAGUCUCACCCGCCAACACCGAUCUCGCCCUCACCCAAGGGUACCCAGGAGAAAAACCACAUGCUAUCGAAGUCGGCCAGCACCGGACGUGAGGGAACGUUGGAUUCGUCCCGCAGCGGGGGACGCACCUCCGGCGAUUCCAAGCUGCCGGAGAAGAAAACACGUCGCCUUAGUCGGCCACGUAGCCUCUCCAAUCUGGUGUGGGAUCUGCGUCCUCACAAGUCGGAAAAAUCCAAGAAGAAACUGUAUCUGCAUCAGUUCGAUCGACAGCAGGGUACGCUUUAUCUAUAGAAAGGAUCGCCGGUAAGACCGACUGCGUAUAAUUUAUAAAGAUUUCGUCAAUAAUUUAGUCAACUACGGGAGAUGUUCAGUCUGUUUGAAAACCGGUCCGGUAUCAUGUUUGUUAAUGUCCAUUCCAGUGAAAUUAAAGUUCUCAAACUUCAAAGUUUCCUGUGUGUGAUGAUGUUCGCUUGGAAAAUGGAAAAAUGUUAAAUAACCAAGUUUGCCGAGAGGCAGAUAUCAAACAAGUUAGUACAUGUUCGUAGAGCGAUAGAUGCAUCUUAACCAAACCAGAGCCAAUUUACUUCCCCGCCGGUCGUUGGAAAACCCAAUUCAAAACGUAUACUCAAACCUAUUUCAAAUAGUCACAUUGUGUUCAUUUCACCUGAAAUUUUUAGCUACAAUUAAUUUAGGGAGAAAAAAUUUACUCACUAUCUUAGGUAGUUCUUCGGUUGCAGUUUUUACUUAUAAAACUUUCUCCUUCAACACAGAAUAAUGCAAAAAUUGGCUCUGCAGUUUUUGCGCACCUCAGUCAAGUAAAUGUCAACGAAUAAAUAAAUAAACAACUCAAAUGAAAAAGGCAUUAUGAAUGAAAAUAGCGCGGUUUACUUUGACGAGCGAUGCGCGUGAUGUACAGGAAUUUGAAUAAUAAACAAAAACUAAACAAGAAAAAACGAUAAAGCAAAGAAAACUCAUAUAUCAAACAGUUUAUAGUUUUACUUUCGCCAUUCGUCGUUAAGGCUGUGGUAUUAUUACUUAUUUGUGCUGUUCGAGUAAAUUAAUAUUAAACAUUCUCUCGCUGAUGCCGCGUUACGUACGACGACGCGAACGAGACAAACGAAAAGUCGAUCGAUUUGAUUAGGUUAUGAAAAAGACAGCAAAGCAAAGACAUUAUUUAACUAUUAUUUUUAUCCGCAUCUCGUCUCCAGCAGAUCUGCGCCUUGUUUAACCACUCGAAAAGUCUAAGUUCGUUUGCUUUCCCUCACAGGAUAGGGUGGAGAUUGUUGGUUCGAUUGUUGAUCGGAACCGAAUCGUUACCCUAGUAGAAAGCGAUUGAAAUUUUUACUUUUCAAGAGUAACCGUUUUAUUAGUCCCUAUAUCUACGUCGUCGAUGAGCAAAUGCUAGCAGUUUAACAAGAAUGUAACUAGAAUAAGAUUUUACUCAGCCGCGUGUGUUAGAAGUUGAAUCCAUACAGUCAUACAGAGCUCUAACUAUUUUCAUAUUAUUGUAUGGCGGAUUUUUUGUUGGCAAUUUUGUUUCAAUCUUAAUUUUGAAAAAGUCGCAGUUCGAAUUGAAAAGAAAAAAAACAAAAGUCUUGAGGGAAGAAAAAAUAACGAAAAUAAUUAAUACCAAAUUUUUGGCACAUUUGACACAUACAAGCAGCUUGUGCGUGUAAUAGUGGAGAUUCGUUUCGUAAGAUUGCAAAAUUUGCGAGCGAGACCCACUUCUUAAUUAUUCAGCAAAUCUAUUAGAGAAUAUUUUAUUAAAAGAGAUGAGAAAUAAAUAUGUAAAAUAUA